ACGUCACAGCUGUGCGACAGGCCUCGGCAUUCAGCGUUCUGCAGAGUUCUGGACCUAAGCGCGAAAUGGGUGAGUCGCAGCUGGGGGCCAUGCUAUCAAAGUCUUUAAACAUUAGUUUACUGACUUGAGAAUCGCCGUUAAAGACCACCAGCACGGUUCACCCACAGAACCUCAGUGUUUGCAGAAGUACGUCUUUUAGCGACGCUCGUCGCUAGUUUGAGAGCUAGCGGGUGGGUGUUAGCUAACCGAGUCGGGCCCCAGCAACGAGUCGCGUCCACUGUUGAUUUGUUUUUGUCAGUCACGGCCGUUUAUUAACAGCGAAUGAGGCCGGUGUGAUUAGUGUCACCUGACGCGCAUCGCUCGAAUAUUCCCCAGUAAUAUAAUUUCUAUUAAUUCAUGCAGUUUGUUAAAGCAUUAAAACCAAGCCAAGCAAGUAAACGAUAGCUAACUGAAUUAAAGCUAGCUAGCAACCUUAGAAUUAUGACUUCCAGGCGGACAGGCUAUGCUGGUAGCAUGGAUUCUUCUCCCUCAAAUUCUGGAAAUCGUAAACAAAGUAUAAUCAACAUUCCCGACAGGACCGGGGUAGAGUCUUGUUAUGAUCGCAAAGCUGACAAGCCCGGAUACGGAGCGUCGCAGGGCGGCGUGACCAUAACGUCCCUGAAGUCUCGUCUCGCCCCGACCAUUCAAACUGCCAUGUCCGCUGCUGUCGAUACUCUGCUCGGGGAGGUGGUGCUGGUGCUCAACGAGACUCAGCAGGAGUUGCUGCACAAGGAGCAGGAGAACGAGAGACUUAAAGUGCGCCUGGAAGUGUCAGAGAGGGAGCUGAAGACUUUGCAGGAGUGUCUGUGCAGUGCUCAGAAGCUCAUAGACCAGCUGCAGAUCUCCUACACCGGCCCCCAGUCCAUCGGCCAGUCCGUCUUCGCCCCAUCCCUGUCCUCCAUCGCUUCGAUGACUUCGGAAUUGGAGCGGGACCACCAGAGCAGCCGGAACGUGAACGGGGCCGGCGGCGUUGACUUGGGCCUCAGCGGCUCCGUGGACGAUUCGCUCCACGGGUUCGAGCCAAGAGAUGACUACAAAAUGUGCCAGCUUUCGAUCCAACCCGACGGCUCUGUGACCAACCACGCUCUGGACUCCUUCGCUUCCAACGCGUCACACAUGUGCUCCGAUUCCGGCAGGCCAGAUGAGAGGGAGUCUCGGGCAUCUGGGUUUGACAUCAAAGAGGAGCAGGGACCCACUUCGGGCUCCGGUCAGCCCAGCAGGAAGGAGCCGGGGAUCCGUAAUGACAACAGGGACGGGGACCUCGGGUACGUUCAAGUUGGAGGAGAGGGGGUCUCCCAGCGUUCCUUUACUCACUCUCUUCGUCACCAAAGACCUGCGCGAGAAUGCGCCAGUGCCUUGCAGCAGGGAGGACUCGACGGACAGAAACAACUGUCCAGGACUGCCGGGGGCGGCAGAGUGGACAGCGUUUCCCCGGGCAGAGCCGACGACUCUGCGGGACCAUCGGCCACUGACACAACGGGCGAGCCCUCGUUGGAUCGGCCCCACCACUGCUUGGAGUGUGGAAAGACCUUCCGUCUGAUCUCCAGCUUGAAGAAGCACAUCCGCAUCCACACGGGUGAGAAGCCUUACCCGUGCACAGUCUGCGGCCGGCGCUUCCGCGAGUCCGGCGCGCUUAAAACCCACCUGCGCAUCCACACGGGCGAGAAGCCGUACUCUUGCUCCGAGUGCGGGAACCGCUUCCGCCACCUGGACGGUUUGCGCAAACACCGGCGCACGCACACCGGAGAGAAACCCUACGUGUGCGCCAUCUGCGGGAAGCGCCUGAGCCGCCUGCAGCACCUCAAACACCACCAGCUCAUCCACACGGGAGAGCGGCCGUGCUGCUGCCCGUUCUGCAACCGCAGCUUCAAGGAGCCCGCGGCGCUGCGGAAGCACAUCCGCACGCACCGGGAGGAAGGUGGUCACAUGGGGAUCGCCGUGAGCGAGGACACGGACCCGGAUGCCUUGGAUGACAUCAACAACCUCCACCCGGCAGCGCCGUCCCCUCAGAUGAGGUUUGGCGACUGGGGCCCGGAGGAGGAUGACAGCUCAGCUGUGGACUGCGUGUAGGACUCGAUUCAGGGGAAACUGUUUGCUGGUGUUCUUGCGUUGAGACCUUCACCGGAUGAAAACCAUGGACUAAGGUCAUCUCUGUUCCUUAGGGUUAAAGUAAAUACCCAGGCUAUAUAUGUAACGCCGGCCUUGGGGAUUUAUUUAUAUCUGGCAUUUACAAUGCAUUACACACUUGGAUGAAAAAAGAGAUUUCAAAUAUUUGCUUCAACAGUAUUAUUUUCCGACAAUCGAAAAGGAGCAGCAGGAGCAGACGGCUUGUUCUUGGCACGGGGGAGUUGCUGGUUUGCUAACUCUCAGCAAUCACUCGAGAAAUUGCUGAAAGAAUUGGAAACGAGCAGUUGCUUCACUUUAAAAAUACAAAGUGCCUCGAACAAAACCAUCAGCUGAGUCUCUGCUGCUGUUCUAGAUGGUUCCCACCUGCAUUUUAAUCCCAACAAACGUUACAUCACAACUCUGAUCAUAAGUGUUUUAUCUAUUCUAGUUUCACACUUCGAAGAUCGGAUUUUCGCUAUUGAAUUAUCUUCGGUUAUUAUUUACACACCCUGAGCUGCUCAAACAGGCUGUUUUUAUUGAAAUUGCAAUCUGGCUCUUUGCAUUUAUUAAAUUGCAGGAGGUGCAUUUUUUUUUAAAGGAAAAUAUUUGCCAAGAUACCAUUUAACCUUUUAGUAUUGUUGUGCUGCAGAGAGGUCCUGCCCUUUCACAUCUAGUUUAUGAUUACGAGUUUGGGUAUUUUUUACACUAUUUAUUUAAUACUAUGGUCAAUGUACAAACUUUCAUUAGAGUUAAUUGUUUCCUCUACCAUUGUAUCAGACGGGCCCCCCGCCCCUUGAAGGACCAUAUAUAUUCGACAGUGCCAGAUAACAACUGGAGUCCUUUUUUAAGGUUAACUUUCCUAUUGAACAGAAAAUGACCUUUUACUGUAAUGCAGUCUUUAAAUCCUAUUAAUCAUCCAAGAGCUAAGACGACAUCAUAUCCAGAUUUUGAUACGUUGCCCUUCCUUCUAUUGUAACACCACACCGAAACCACCUGUAAACUUUAAAUAUACCACGUAUCCGUUCUGAAGCCCUGCUCUGCGUCUUCUCUUUUGUAAAGUCUUCAUCACUCACAGGAUCUCGCUGUCCUCAGACCAGUUGAAAUGAUCCGCGUUCGCAGUGAUCUGUGUAUUCAUUCAUGGGCAUCGUCUCAUCAACAGUGUAAACUCCUCACUGUUUCUCCAGUCUUGGUUUUCAUCCCUCUUUUAUGGACCAUAUCUUAGCAUUCCAUGGUGGAGCUGCUGCCGUGGGUCUGGAAAGCGUUUCCUUUUUGUCCGGACCUGCGUUGAGGAUUAAAUGUUGAGCAGCUGCUCUCUAGCGACUGCUAGAGGACAGAUUUUGGUGCUCGCAUGUGCAUUUUCGCUGGCGCCCAUUGCCUCCCGGCUGUUUCUGUACAUAGGAAUGUAGUUUUAGCAAUUUUAUCCGGAUGAAUGAGGGUUUAAAAUUUUGUGGAAAAGUAAAUGUGCAACAAAAGAAGAAGUACCGUGCUAUGGAAACAUCAGUAUGCUAACAAGCAAUGUAAAUUAAAUAUAAACUCUAAUUUCAAAUCUUCCUGACUCGACUGAUGCAUUAUGGUUAACAUCAGGGCAUUAAUCCUCUCAGCCUCUUGGGAUAUUCUGUAGGUCUCUGAUGUUGUUUGCCAUGUAUACUAAUGUAAGGAUCCUAUGUACAUACGAGUCAUUUAAACCACACCAAAAAUGUCAAAUUAAACGGCACUAAAAAUGUAAAAUAUCUGUUACUGUAUACCCAGAAUAAGAUUUGCCAUGCUAGUCCUGAUCCUGUAUAAAUAUAUUUAUUCUUUUUGGGGAUUGCAUACAGGGGCCUUUGCAUGUAGGUUUAGAACGAAAUGGAAUUCUUUCUGCAAAAGUCAGUGUUAAAAUGUGAAAUUAAUCCUUUUUUUUUAUGCAUCUAUCUGAUUUCAACACAUAUUUCCCAACAUCACAUAUAUUCUGUUACCUGCUAUAAAUGUUACUAUAUUAAAGGGCUUUGUUUGGAAUUCUU